AUGCGCCCGCAACCCCUCAACCCCUUCCUCUCCGCCCUCUCCAAAAGCCCCCUCCUCGCCCAAUGCAGUCCCCCCCAACACCACAUCCUGCUCGUCCCCACCGCCGAUGUCCUCCUCAACACGCGUGACGUCGAUUCCGGUGCGCCCCUUGUCGUGGCUGCCGGUUUGACGGCUGCUGCGGCGGGGGGGGUGGCGGAUGAGUUUUUGGCGAGUCAUAUCAUUCGGUUGCCGGUGUCGCCUACCAGUGGGGGUAAUGGGGGGAAGGGAGUAGGACAGGAGGGGGGGCAGAAUUUGAGGGAGAUGAGGGGGAAACCGAAGAUUUUUGGGACGGUUAAUGGGAGGAGUUUGGUGGUUAAGGAUCAUGGGAUUUAUACGAAUAAGGGGUUUAAAUCGCUGGCGCAGGCCACGCUGCUGCACGACUGCAUCUGGUAUCCCGACACGCUCGAUCCGCGCUCGUUUCUUGUUUAUUACAUCUCGCGACCGCUGGUGGGGUCCUGGGAGGAGAUUCGGAUCACGCCAGCGUUGUUGCCGCCUACACGCGAGGGGGGGCCUAGGUCUGUUGCUGCUGACGGCCAGGAACAGUCGUCGCAAUCACAGUCACAAUCAAAUACGCAGGGGGCGUCGUCGUCCGGAUCGCCAAAGAAAAAGGACGUGCGGACCUUCCACGAGCUGUUGAUCCACUUCCCCGCCAUCGCCAAGCAGAUGCAAGGCGGACUGGAGAAACUCUUCCGCGAGUUCACGCAGGUGUUUGAGCGGCCACUACCCCCACCACCAUCAGCCAGCGAGAUCCCCGACCCCGAACCGGACGGACCGAUCGCCACGGCACUCAAACGAGCCAGGUCCAGCAGCGAUGUCGACCGGAGCAGCACCAGCCAUGACCAGGGGAGCGUAGUCGAGGGUUCUAACAGCACCAGUAACACCGGCAGCACAUUCCAAGACGACGACGAAACAAUCAUGCGCACGGCCAUGGAAACCGCCGUCACGGCCGCCAUCGACCUCUUCCAAAGCGUUGACAGGCAACAACUGUCCCUGCUUGGCGCGACGACUGACCUGACCGGCCCGCUGGUGGAGCGGUUGAUCGAACGGUACAUUGCCGAGAACGUGCACCAUAUGGUUUUUCCGCGGCUGGCUACGGUGCGGCGGCCGGAGGACUUGGAGUUGGAGGCCAAGAUCCGGCAGAUGGAGCAUAUCGAUAUUUCACAGCUGGGGGUGGUGGUGGAGGGUGGGAGUCGAGCCAAGAGGGAGGCGGUGCGUCGGUUGGAGCGGGCGGUGGAAGAGUUCAGGAAGAUGCCGCAUGCUAGUUGUCCGCAGGAGAUGAUGGAGAUUUUGUUGGGGACUAUGAAAGCUGCUACGCAGUUGGCUGGGCCUGGUUCUCCCGGUCCUGGGCCUGGUGAAUUUACCCCCGAGACAGGGUCUAACUCGUCACUAACCGGGUCUGAGUCAAUGUCCGGGUCCGGAUCGGGGUCUGUCGAGAAACCAGCCACGACCGCCUCGACCAUGACGAUCAACGCGGACACGCUGGUAUCGCUGCUGCUGUAUGUCGUGAUCAAGGCGCAGAUCAAGCACCUGCAGGCUCGGCUGAGCUACAUGCAAGGGUUUGUGUUUGUGGAUGAUGUCGAGAGUGGGGAGAUGGGGUAUGCGCUGAGCACGUUUGAGGCGGUGCUUUCGUAUCUGGAUCGGGAUUCGGUCGGGUUGAGGCGGGCGAGUCGGAGAAAUCGGGCGUUGUGGGAUGCGGUGGGGAAGGGGGAUAUGGGGGGGUUGAGGAGGAUUAUGGAGCCUGAUGAGUAUGAUCAUGAGGGGGUUGAUGCCGGGGCUGGUGGUGCUGUGGGGGAUGAGGAUCGGGGGGAGGUGGGACAGGCUAGGAGCCAGUCGAGGAGACAGUCGAGUGGCGGGUGGAGUUUUACGCAUGGCGUGUCGAGGCGGUCGUCGUCGGUAACGUCGUCACGGGGAUUGGUGUUGGGGGGGCCGACGGAGAGUUUCUCGCGCGGGUCUGGGCUGGGACAUGUGUUUCCGUUUCAGGCGACGGAGAAUCACAAUAACGAUGAUGCUGAAAGGGACUUUCUGCUCCCCCCGCCGAAACGGAUCAAGAAAGUGGCCAUGGACACGCGCAGCAUGUCGAGCGGGUCGGAGAUCUCGUUCCGGUCCAUGCCGCUCAGCAGCAUCGGCACCAUCAGCGGGCUGGACGAAGACGACGGCGACACGUCCAUCGCGCGCCUGGCGCAGACGCAGGAUGCGUUCGGCGAGUCGGUGCCCAUGAUGGCUGUGCAGCACGGCCAGCGGGAGGUGCUACAGUAUCUGCUCUCGCUGCGCGCGUGGUACCCGGCAUCCGUGGUGUUCGAGGACCAGAACAACGAAGGCACCACACUGUUCAGCGCGGCGGUGCAGCUCGGCGACGACACCGUGAUAAACACCGUGCUGGAUUUCCUGCUGGAUGCGUCCCCCGACAAUGACCGCGUCAUCCGGGAGUAUCUCGCCGUCCAAGACACCUGGGGCCGCAGCGCCGCGCACUACCUCUUCCACGCGCCGUUUCUGAUUGCUCGACUCGGUCGCCUACUCCCCUGGCGCCAGCGCGACAAAAACGGCCAGACCCCGCUAUUUGCACUGUGUCGGUCGUACGACCACCCGGACUACAACACCAUGGUGCGCGAGGCGCUCGACGCCGCAACGCGCACCCAAGGCGAUGGCCAGCCGCUGCAUGUGGAUGAUCAUGUGGAUGGCAAAGGGAAUACCCUGCUGCAUAUCAUCCACGACGCGGCGCUGGCGCGGUUCGUGCUGCGGAAGUGUGAUGUGGAUGUGAAUGCGGUCAACGAGAAACGGUUUACCCCGCUGAUGCUGGCGAGCAAGUACGGGCGUCUGGAUAUGGUGCGGACGCUGUUUGGGGAUGUGCGCGUGGAUAUUGCGGCGAGGGAACUGCGUGGGUUGACGGCCGUGGAGUUGGCGAAGGAUGAUGAGGUCAGGAACAAGAUUGAUGAUUUGGUGCUGUUUCAGAUGAUGCCGGGGACGGCGACGGGGAGGGCUUUGGCGAGAGGGGUUAUGGGACGGGGGAGGGGGAAGAGGAAGAGGGGGAAUAAGGGGGGGAAUAAUGGAGGCCGUGGUGGUCAGGGGCAUGGGCAUGGGCAUGGGCAUGGGCAUGGGCAUAGUGGUAGUGUUACUAGUAUUGCUAGUAUUGCUAGUAACGCUAGUAACGCUAGUAACGCUAGCAAUACGAGUGCUGCUAGUAAUGUCGGGAAUGGCAACGACAACACCGGCAACAGCACCGGCAACGCUAGCAAUACCAACAACGACACCGGCAACACGGGGGACAACAACACCGAGGGCAGAGACGGACGGACGACAGCGGUCGUCCGCGCAUACUUCGUCGAGGACGCGUCGGUGCGGUUCGUGCUCAAGUCCAGCGCACUCGUCGACUCCCAAAACCUCGCCGUCACCACCUGCCGGCGCUCCCUCGCCGACUUCGAGCGCCUCGCCCACCUCCUCCAAAACGAAAGCCCCGCCUCCUGGCUGCCCUCCCUCUCCGACCUCCGCUCCCCGAUCCAAAUCCCCUCGCGUCCCAGCCGCGCCGUCCUCCGCGACCUGCAGCAGCGCAUGGACGGGUUUUUGAGGGUACUGCUGCAGCACCCGACGUUUGGGACACAUGAGAUGCUGUGGGAGUUCUUUUUGGUGCCGGAUCUGCAGCUAGAUGUGAUGGCGGAGAGGAGUCGGUUGAAGGCCGAGGCGAUGUUGGGACGGGUGCACGAGGAGAUGGAGCCGGUCGGGGAGUUGAGGGAGGUGGAACAGUUUGUGGACCAUGCGAGGGAGAUGGUUAGGGGGGUGCAUUUUUCUACGAGGAGUGUUGCGAGACGGGCGAAUGCUUUGGGGAAUGUUUCUGUUGACCUCCACGAAUCCCUCUACCUCCUAACCCGCACAACCUCCACCCUCCCCUUCCUCCCCCCCACCCACACCCACGCCCUCGCCAUCUACACCGCCGCCCUCUCCCCCUCCUCCACCGCCCCCAUAACCACCUUCUUCACCACCUUCCUAACCCUCUACCACAACGUCGAAGCCGUCCUCUCCGCCCUCUCCCGCCCCCCGCAAACCAUAUCCGCCAUCCACGCCGCCCGCCGCGACGCCGAACGUAACCACUCCUCUCUCGCCCGCACCUCCCGCUGGCCCCUUGGGCUCGGCGGGGCGGGCGGAGGGGCGUUUUCCCUGCCGGGCUUGGAUGAGACGAGGGCGAGGAUACAGGAGGAAAGAGCCGAAAAGGUGAGGAGGAGUGAGGGGGAGGCGGGGAGGUUGGAGAGGGAAUUGAGGUGGCAGCAGCAGACUGUUGCGGGGGAGUUGGCGGGGUGGAGGGAGAUGCAUGAACGCAUGGGACGGAGGGCGGUUAGGGAGUUGGCGAGGGGGAUGGUGGUUGGGGAGAGGGGGAGGUUGGAGGGGAUGAGGAGGGCUUUGAGG